CAAUUUAGUCUUAGUUUUUCACUUUGUCAUUGCUCAAAAAGGCGCCAGACCUUGUUAAGUUGCAGCCACGAUGCAAAAACAUUGUUCUGCUUCUUAUUGUUGAUAUUUUUGUAUGAAGUGCAAGUAACAUCUUCUUGAAAGCAGACAAUAAGCCAAAACUGAGACGUUGUUCAUCAAAAACACUGACGUAGUACCGGCCCACAUCAAUUUUCUUGGCAAUUUUACUUAGUCCAAGAUAAUGGCCCUCGCACCAACUGUUGAAGUAGUUCUUGGCUCAAUUGCCUUUGGAAUAUUCUGGGUGUUAGCUGUUUUUCCUGCAGUUCCCUUCCUGCCUAUUGGACGAACUGCUGGAUCUCUACUUGGUGCGUCACUCAUGGUCAUUUUCCGAGUUAUUACUCCUGGCCAAGCUUAUGCCGCCAUCGACAUCCCCAUCCUCAGCCUCCUCUUCGGGACAAUGGUGGUCAGCAUCUACCUCGAAAGAGCCCACAUGUUUAAAUACUUAGGCCGGCUGCUUUCUUGGAAGAGCAAAGGUGGUAAGGACUUGCUUUGCCGAAUCUGCCUCAUUUCAGCCUUAUCGAGUGCAGUAUUCACCAAUGACACCUCCUGCAUUGUGCUAACUGAGUUUGUUCUCAAACUCGCAAGGCAGCACAAUCUGCCACCCAGACCAUUUCUUCUAGCACUAGCAUCCAGUGCAAAUAUUGGAUCCUCAGCAACUCCUAUUGGUAAUCCACAGAACUUGGUCAUAGCUGUUGAAGGCAAAAUUUCUUUUGAAAAAUUCUUCAUAGGAGUUGCCCCUGCGAUGCUCAUUGGGGUGGUCAUCAACAUAGCACUUCUUCUAUGCAUGUUUUGGAAAGAAUUAUCGGUUACGAGGACUGCGGAGGAGGUGAUGGAGGAGGCCGUUGUUGAGGAUGAAGUACUCUCCCAUAAAUUUUCUCCAGCAAGAAUGUCGCAUACACCAGAGAGGAACGCAUCAUCAGGUAAGAAGGCUGAAGAACGGGUGAUGGAGGAGGUGGCUGUUGAGGAUGAAGUGAGCUCCCAUAAGUUCUCUCCUGCGAGAAUGUCACAUAUGUCCCCAGAGGCAGCUCAUGAAAAUGAUGUUGAGAAGAAAAGUUCAUGGGCAAAUGGUUUUGCAAAACCUUCUUUACAAGUCUCUGAUGUGAAGAAACUUCUAGGCAAGAAGGCCUUGAUCUUGAAGACCUGUGUUUAUCUGGUGACUAUUGGGAUGCUGAUCGCUCUGCUUAUGGGGCUAAACAUGUCAUGGACUGCGAUUACUGCUGCCCUUGUACUAGUGAUUAUUGAUUUCAGGGAUGCUGGACCUUGCCUUGAAAAGGUUUCAUAUUCACUAUUGAUAUUCUUCUGCGGAAUGUUCAUCACCGUCGAUGGAUUCAACAGAACAGGGCUACCAAGUGCUUUGUGGAACGCCUUGGAGCCUUAUGCACGUAUCAACCAUGCUAGUGGAGUAGCAGUGCUCUCUCUUGUAAUACUGCUACUCUCAAAUUUUGCAUCAAAUGUGCCUACUGUGCUCCUGCUAGGAACUCAAGUGGCAAGAUCAGCAGCAGCAGUCUCUCCGGCAGAUGAGACGAGGGCAUGGCUCAUACUUGCAUGGGUGAGCACGGUGGCUGGCAACCUAUCCCUCCUCGGCUCGGCUGCAAACUUGAUUGUUUGUGAGCAGGCACGGCGGUCACAACACUAUGGAUAUACUCUCACUUUCUGGGGCCAUAUUAUUUUUGGAGUCCCAUCUACGUUGAUUGUAACAGCCAUCGGUCUACCUCUCAUCAGGGGUUAGCUGUCUUUUCUUUUUUUCCUUGUUUUCCUUUUUUCAAAUAAUGGUGGUAAGUAAAAUUACUUGGGCCAAAUGUUCAGGGGACACUUGGUAAUUACCAAGAUUAGCUUAUGGGCUAAGAAUGGUGAUUACCUUGCAAUGUUGUGUGCUUGUUGAUUGGGACCAUGAUGCUUUUGUAACAUGUAUGGAGUGAUUUAGCACAACAAUAUAUAUAUGAGUGAUGAUUGUAAGUUUGAGUAAA